CGGCGGCCCUACCCGGGUCGGCGCGGGUCCCGACAGUUCCGCGUCUGCGCAGCGGGCGAGGGGCUGGAGCGGGGCCGGCCGGGGAGGCGCGGGAUGCGCGGGAGCCAAUGGGCACGCUCGGGGGAGCCGGGCUGGCGGCGGCGGCCGGCCCGGCGCGCACUCUCGGGAUGGAGGGCGAGCGCCGGGCAUCUCUGCCGCACUCUUCGGGUCUCCCGGCUGGGGGCGCCGGCGGGGAAAGUCCGGGGGGCACCGCCCCCCUCUCGGGCAGCAGCGGCUCGUCAGCCCUGCUGCAGGCUGAGGUGCUGGAUCUGGACGAAGACGAGGACGACCUGGAGGUGUUCAGUAAGGAUGCCUCAUUGAUGGACAUGAAUUCUUUCAGCCCUGUGAUGCCAACAUCCCCUUUAUCAAUGAUAAACCAAGUCAAGUUUGAAGAUGAGCCAGAUUUGAAGGAUCUCUUCAUUACAGUUGAUGAACCUGAAAGCCAUGUUACUACAAUUGAAACAUUCAUUACUUAUAGGAUUAUUACUAAGACAACUCGUGGGGAAUUUGACUCCAGUGAAUUUGAAGUUAGAAGACGUUACCAAGAUUUCCUUUGGUUGAAGGGAAAACUUGAAGAAGCGCAUCCCACUCUGAUUAUACCACCAUUGCCAGAAAAGUUUAUAGUGAAAGGAAUGGUCGAACGCUUUAAUGAUGACUUCAUUGAGACACGUAGGAAAGCAUUACAUAAGUUUUUGAACCGAAUUGCUGAUCAUCCAACUUUGACAUUUAAUGAAGACUUUAAAGUUUUUCUUACUGCACAAGCUUGGGAACUCUCUUCUCACAAGAAGCAUGGGCCUGGAUUGCUAAGUCGGAUGGGGCAGACAGUCAGAGCUGUUGCAUCCUCAAUGAGAGGAGUUAAAAAUCGCCCAGAGGAGUUCAUGGAUAUGAAUAAUUUUAUUGAAACAUUUAGCCAGAAAAUAAAUUUGAUAGAUAAAAUAUCACAGAGAAUUUACAAGGAAGAAAGGGAAUAUUUUGAUGAAAUGAAAGAAUAUGGCCCAAUUCAUAUUCUGUGGUCGGCAUCAGAAGAGGAUCUGGUGGAUACCCUAAAAGGUGUUGCCAGCUGCAUUGACAGAUGCUGUAAGGCCACUGAAAAGCAGAUGUCUGGAGUCUCAGAAGCCCUACUUCCUGUUGUACAUGAGUAUGUUCUUUAUAGUGAAAUGUUAAUGGGUGUUAUGAAAAGAAGAGACCAAAUACAAGCAGAACUGGAUUCCAAAGUUGAAGCUUUGAACUAUAGAAAGGCAGAUACUGAUCUGCUUACAGAAGAGAUUGGAAAACUUGAAGAUAAAGUGGAAUGUGCUAAUAAUGCCCUGAAAGCAGAUUGGGAAAGAUGGAAACAAAAUAUGCAAAAUGAUAUCAAAUCAGCAUUUACAGAUAUGGCUGAGGAGAAUAUCCACUAUUAUGAACAGUGCCUUGCUACAUGGGAGUCCUUCCUUACAUCACAGACUGACCUCCACUUUGAAGAAGCCUCUGAAGAUAAAUCUUAAUCCUGCUGAGGAUUUGAGUGAUGUUUGAGAGAGAGCAUCUGUCAACCAAAGUUAUUUUUUCUGGAUGGGCUGUGUCCUCUAUAGAAUGGAUUAAAAAUGUUUCAGACUAUCUGGAAAACCAACAACUUGAUAACUCAGGUAUUCCAGGUCAAUAACGUAAAUUUGGAAAUAUAUAUAUAUAUAUAUAUAUAUAUAUAUAUAUAGCUUAGUUUUCAUUAUGUUAAGUUUGCGUGCCAAUAAUUGCAUAUGGAAUUUUUUUUUCUUAAAUAUAUGUCUGUGGGACAUGACAUUUUAAAAAUGUUGUAAAGACUCAAUUUUAAUAAAAAGU